CAGGCGCUAGCGAGCUCGUGCGGAGGCAGCCUUGCUCAGAGCAGCACGAGUAGAGCAAGCGAUCGGCCGCAAGGCGUGUGAGCCAAACAGUAUAGGGUAGGCGUCCAGGUGCUGGUGAUAUCGCGAGGUUGCGGGACGGGCGUGAGCGUGUUUGGUCGACGAAUGCAUUGGUCGAUGGUUGCCAGUUCGAAAUGGACAGUCCGAAUGACGAGGGUUAAAAGUGCGAGUGAGCCAUUGCCGAAGCACAGCUAAUCGACCCUGCCGAACGUAAAGUGAUAGUCGGCAUGAUCAGGGAAGAAGAGUGCUGGCGAGCUGUAGCUCCUCGACUUGGCGCGGCGUCUCUUGGGCGGGGCCACUACGUCAGUGGGGGCAGGAUCGUCUUUCGGUGCGUGGAGAGCACUGGAGGAGAAGGCCGCGCCGAUUGCGCGAGCACAGACGUCCGAGCGGGAACGCUGAACGGCGACAAAGUGCGGUGCGCUGUACGGGUGUCCGAGCGCGUUGAUGUGCAUGUUCCCGGACGGCUCGAAGGCCAGCGUGCUCGGGCUCGUCACGAAGGACGGCGACGGCGACAGCCGCGGGGAAGCCAGCGGCGAGGACGAUGCAGAAGAGGACACGCUCAGGGCGGGGCCGCAAUGCAGCCGCUGCUGGUGCUCUUGAACAACGCGGCUGACACUGCGGCUUGGCACAGAUCCGCUGCUCUGUGCAUUUGCCUCGGCCGCUGCUGCCGUCAUGCUGCGCUGGUGCUCGCUAGUGCCACUAGUGUUGCUACUGCUUCUGGUGGAGGAGACGUGCGAAGAGUGCAUAUAGUCGCGGACAGCCUUUCUUUUAUCGACCUGGAUCUGUGGGAGGUUCUUGGGCGCGCCCAUCGGGGGGACGCCAUGGUUGGCCGCGCCGUAGUUGCCCAAGAGGGAGCUGGCGGCGCUGGUGAGACCUGCGCCGAGAGAGAGCGUGUAGGGCAUCAAGAUGCUCGCAGCGGUCGACAUGCUGGCGCUCGGAGGGUAGGUUUUCGGGGAUGGGUUGAAGGAGUGAGUGUGAGGCGGGCUGGAGCAACUAUGGGUGGGUGGGAUACGGCGCUUGCUCUUAUGGAUGUGCUGCGAGGCAGACGAUGUGGGAGGGCUGGACGGGGUGGAUGGGGUGGUUUUCCACCCAUGCUCCAUCAUCUAUUACUAAAUACCGUGAUGUAUUGCGCAGCUUGUUUCAUCCAUGGGAAAGCUCCUUUCAUUAAGUCCGCCUCGCCCAAGCUAACAUAUGGCCAACGCUGUAAUGGAGCUCAUCGCUUGGGGGGCGUCUCGGCGCGGCGCGCGAGGGGCCGUCGGGCGUCGGGUCCGCGCAUCCGGCACAACCAGGGGGCGGGGCGGCCCGCCCCCGGAGUUAGUGGUGCGCAGCACAGCACAACACAGCAACACACAAGCAAGUUCGCUCAUUCGAUAAAGAGCCAGUCACGCCAUGCCAUGGAGAUUGGGAGAUGGAUUGAUCGAUUGCGAGUAACCACAGCCGAACAGUAUGAGAGAGGCAUCGUGCACAUACAUACUAUGCACUAACGCACGAUAAGAUAUACCGCCGCGUCCAUGUGGAACCUGGCGGAAGCAGCAACACGUGAUGAGUCGUGGUCUAUCAAUCCUCUCGUUCUCGCUCUCAAUCUCUCCUCGGCGCACUCACAGUCCCCUUCAUGACCGCAUUCCCCCUC